AAAACCUAAUCCACUCCAACAUAUCCCACCUGUCUUCCCUUUCCUUCGCACGUGUCACCUGCGAAACCCUAACGCCUCUCUCUCUCUCUCUCUCUCUCUCUUCCCCCCUUCUCUGAACUCACUAUUUCCGCUCCACCUACGCACCCGACCACACCGGAUUAUUCUCCCCCAUCUCUUUUUAAGAUAACAUUAACAACAACGACCUCGUCGUACUUCAAAUUUCCGUACGGCGGUUGUUUGUUUCAUCCUUAAUUCUCAGCCGUCGGAUAAGGGAAGUGGAAGUGGAAGAAGAAAGCAAAAACGAAUAUUUAUCUCUCCCUCUCUCUCUCUCUCUUCAUUAUCUGUUUUUGUAAGUUUUCCGGUUAGACUUCCACCUCACUUCCUUCUUCAACCCCAGGGAAACAGACAGGGUUACUUGUAAUCAGCUUCUGGGGUGCUUCGUAAAGUUUGUUGAGGAUUUACGGAUUUCAUUCUAAUUGAGCUGAAAUUCAGAGGUUUACCAAAGUAAUUAUGGGAACGGAAGAGGAGAGCUCACCUGCCAAGCCUUCUUCCAAACCUACUGUUUCAACACAGGAAAUGCCUACAACACCUUCAUAUCCUGAUUGGUCAUGCCCGGUGCAGGCUUAUUAUGGUGCUGGAGCUGCCCCACCUCCCUUCUUUGCUUCAACUGUUGCUUCGCCAACUCCACAUCCAUAUAUGUGGGGAGGCCAGCAUCCUUUAAUGCCUCCAUAUGGCACCCCAGUUCCAUACCCCACUAUGUAUCCUCCCGGGGGAGUCUAUGCACACCCUCCCGGGGGAGUCUAUGCACACCCUCCCGGGGGAGUCUAUGCACACCCUCAUAUGGCCCAGGGUCCAAGCGUUGCACAGAAUAAUACUGAUCAUGAAGGGAAAGAUGCCAAUGGGAAGGAUCGAAGUGCCGCCAAAAAGUCGAAGGGAACUUCAGGAAGCAAAGCUGGAGAAAGUUCAAAGGGAGCUUCUGGCUCUGGAAACGAUGGUGGCUCUCAAAGCGGUGAAAGUUGUAGUGAGGGUACAUCAGAUGGAAGUGAUGAUAAUAAUAAUCAAGAACUUGCUACUGGUAAAAAGGGAAGCUUUAACCAGAUGCUUGCAGAUGCUAAUGCACAGAGUAACGACACCGGGGCCAUAGUUCCUGGUAAACCAAUAGUCCCAAUGCCUGCAACCAACCUGAAUAUAGGGAUGGACCUAUGGAGUGGACCCUCUGCAGCCACAGGAGCUGCAAAAAUGAGACCCAACUCGUCUGGUGCUGUAGCUGCAGUUCCUACCGGAGUUGUGAUGCCUGAACAGUGGGUUCAAGAUGAACGUGAGUUGAAAAGACAGAAGAGGAAGCAAUCUAAUCGGGAGUCUGCUAGAAGAUCAAGAUUACGCAAGCAGGCCGAGUGCGAAGAGCUACAGGCCAGAGUGGAGAGCUUGGCGAACGAAAACCAUAAUCUGAGAGAGGAACUAAAGAAGCUUUCUGAUGAAUGUGAGAAACUUGCAUCAGAAAAUAGUUCUAUUAAGGACGAGCUUGCACAGAUAUGUGGACCUGAUGCGGUAACUAAUCUCAAGCAAGGCGAUGAAGGGAAGAGUUAAUAGGAAACUACAAGGGGUAACAGGCAGCCAAUGCAGCAGUUUCUUGGCAUCCAGGAACAUAAUUUUCACCAUGGAUUCGGUUUAGUCACUAAUUUAUACCCUUAACCCGUUAUAGCUGUAAUGUCUAUUUUUACAAACAGAAAAAUGUUUUAACCAGAUUUGAAAUAGCUGUAUUGUUUGUAGUUUAUUGGGAGCGAAAGAAUAAUUGGGGAUUGAUUCAGAAUAUUUUCCCUUUUAUUUGAAAUAAAAGGUUAGAUUUUUAGUUGCGUUUC